AUGCCACCCAAAAGCGGCUUCUCGCGCACGCGCAACGUCGAUUACGACGACGAUGACCUCUAUGACGACGACUAUUACGAGGAAGAAGGCGACGAUGGCGGCGCGGGAGACGGCAUGUCGGAAGAAGACAGAGAGCAGAUGCGCGCGGGCACAAUACGGGUGCGCGAAGCAAUGGGAGACAUGAGUGAUUUCACAAGCGACGAGCAAAUACAAGAAGCGCUGUGGCACUACUACUACGAUGUGGGUAAAAGUGUGAGCUACUUGAAAAACAAACUGGGGAUUGUAGAGCCCAAGAAGGAGGCACCGAAACAAGAAAAGGCUAAACCAGCAUCGCGGUUCGACCAGGCUGCAAGCGUCGCUCACCAGAAUGCGCCCGCAUCCACAGGUAAGCAAACUCACAUGAGGUCUAGCUAUGGAAACCAGCCCGCUCGUCUUGUUGCCCAUCACCUACCGCUGCCCCCACUGUCGAUGCCUACCAACGCUCCUGUCACAGACUUCUUCUGGGAUGUGCCUUGGGGCAAUGUACCACCCGAGCGACUGGCCGAUAUCGCCAUUGAAGCCCCAGAGCAUAAGGGGGGAUUACUCGGAGGCUCUUCAAAGCUAGCUGCGCUCGCGGCUAAGCGUAGGAAGGAGCGAGAAGAAGCCGAAGCUGCUGCCUCCAAAGCCAAUAGCGAUGCGGACUCGGCUGUUGCGAUGCUCGAUAAGCUUUCGGUUAAGAAUCAGGGAAACGUCAACCCUUUGCAUGACGCAGCCGCGAGUCGCUCAGCUCGAGUAUCCAAAUACCCUGUUCGAAGACGAUCGCCUUCUCCAGCACCAGAAACACCAAAAGAGCCCGAGAUUGAAGAGCCUCAGCUCCCCCAACCGGCCAUUGUUGUCGAGUCUCCAGCUCAGCGUGCUAUUGCUUCCAUGUUUGCUUCAACUCUCUGUGGUUCCGAUAAGCCGUUAAAGCAACCGCAGCUCCAUGUCCAAGAGCUUCCCGUGCCAUUCGCUGCCUACAAGUCAUUUGAUGGUACAAAAGUCUUCUCGAAACCAAGUCCGGACGAUAUUAAAAAGAAGCAGACUAAUGGCGAUCUUACCGAAUCGGUCGAGAAGCUUUCUGUUGCCGAUGAACCAAAGGUUAAGAGCAAAAACUUGAACGUGGUGGAUGAAUUUGAGAAGAGCAACAUGAAACGACUUGCGAAUUUUGUGGUUGUUGGACAUGUUGACCACGGCAAGAGUACACUGAUGGGCCGUUUGCUGUACGACCUCAAAGUAAUCGACCAGCGAUCAAUAGAUAAGCUGCGAAAGGAAGCCGAGACUAUUGGAAAAUCGUCCUUUGCAUUAGCCUGGGUCAUGGACGAAACAAGCGAAGAAAGAAGCCGUGGUGUUACAGUAGACAUUGCGACAAACUACUUCGAGACAGAGAAGACACGAUUCACGAUAUUAGAUGCUCCUGGCCACAAGGACUUCAUUCCAAACAUGAUAUCAGGAGCAUCGCAAGCCGACUUUCCCGUUCUGGUAAUUGACGCCAGCACCAACAGUUUCGAGUCUGGCCUCAAGGGUCAAACUAAGGAACACAUUAUGAUUGCACGAAGUAUGGGCAUGCAGCACAUUAUCAUUGCUGUCAACAAGAUGGACAUGGUUGGGUGGUCUAAAUCUCGGUUCGACGAGAUAGCAAAACGCAUGACGGCGUUCCUGACCGAAGCAAGUUUUCUGGAGAAACGAAUCACCUUCAUCCCGCUGGCCGGUCUUACAGGCGAGAACGUCGUCAAGAAGAUUGAAAACUCUGCCGCUCAUUGGUACACUGGCGAGACAUUACUCGAAGCCCUAGAGCGCAUCGAAAUACCGCAACGCAAUCUCCAAAAAGCACUUCGCCUCUCUGUCGCCGACGUAUUCAAGGGCGACAUGCGCUCACCGCUCAGCAUAUCCGGACGAAUCGACUCUGGAACCCUACAAGUAGGCGAUGUAAUCCUCGCGCUCCCCGCCAACGAAACCGCAACCAUCAAAUCCAUCGAAGUCCAAGACGCCCCUGUAGACUGGGCCGUCGCAGGCCAAAUACCUACCCUACAUCUCACAGACAUUGACCCUGUCCAUCUCCGCCAAGGCGACAUUAUCUGCGCCCCCAAAGACCCUGUCAAACUCGUCAAGGCAUUCACAUCUAAACUCUUGGCUUUCGAGCAUGUACUACCUAUGCCUGUAGAGGUGUUUCGCAGCACACUCAACUCGCCGGGUAGCAUCCGCACGCUGAGUGCCCGCCUGAAUAAGUUUACGGGCGAAGUCAUGAAGAAGAAGCCGAGAAUUGUGAAGCCGGGUGAGGUGGCGAGGAUCGUGGUGCAGCUUGAGAGGGAGUUGCCGAUUGAAGAAGGGAUGAGGGUUGUGCUUAGAGAGAGGGGGAGGACGGUUGGGGCGGGGCUUAUGGAAAAUGUUGCUUAG